GCGGCGGCCGAGAUGAUGGCGGAGGGCGGCGGCGGGCCGGCCCGCAGGAAGGCGCUAUCCCUGCUGGAGGCGGCCCGAUCCCGCUACGAGAGCCUGCAGAUCUCCGACGACGUCUUCGGGGAGUCGGGCCAGGACAGCAGCGGGAACCCCUUCUACAGCACCUCGGCCGACUCCCGCUCCGCCGCCUCCUCCCAGGACGAGGACGACGACGAGGAAGACCAGGGCCGCCCGGGGGUGCCGAGCCCGCGGGGCAGGGCGGCCCGGCGCCGCGCUCCCCGGGCGGCGGCCACCCCGGCGGAGCGGCGGCGGCAGCGGCAGGUCUGCGGCGGCAGCGCCGUCUCGGGCGGCCCCGGCCCUAUGGAGGAGGAGGAGGAGGAGGAAGCGGAGAAGGGAGGCUGGACCCGGUCGCUGCGAGACGUCCCACCCCCUCAUUUCAAGGAUGGCAGCGGUCCAACACGAAAAAUGCCCCUGACCGCCAGUGCCAUGGACUUUUUUCAGCUCUUUGUCCCCGACAAUGUACUAAAGAAUAUGGUGGUCCAAACCAACAUGUAUGCCAAGAAAUACCAGGAGAGGUUUGGUAGUGACGAUGCCUGGAUUGAUGUCACCUUGACAGAAAUGAAGGCCUUCUUAGGCUACAUGAUAUCAACCAGCAUCCACCACUGUGAGUCUGUUCUCAGCAUCUGGAGCAGCGGCUUCUACAGCAACAAGAGCAUUGCACUUAUCAUGACACAAUCAAGGUUUGAGAAGAUUCUGAAGUACUUCCAUGUUGUGGCCUUCCGUUCGAGCCAGACAACGCACAGCCUCUACAAAAUCCAGCCUUUUCUGGACUCUCUGCAGAAUGGCUUUGACUCUGCUUUCAAACCUUCACAAGCCCAGGUACUACAUGAGCCCCUGAUAGAUGAGGAUCCUGUUUUCAUUGCUACCUGUACAGAGAGGGAGCUGCGCAAGAGGAAAAAGAGGAAAUUCAGUCUUUGGGUUCGGCAGUGCUCAUCCACUGGUUUCAUCUGCCAGAUUUAUGUCCAUCUCAAAGAAGGGAGUGGUGCUGAUGGGUUGGAUGCUUUGAAGAACAAACCACAACUUCACAGUAUGGUGGCCAAAAGCCUUUGUCAAAACGCCUCUGGGAAGAACUACAUCAUCUUCACAGGCCCAAGCAUUACCAGCCUGAAUCUCUUUGAAGAAUUUGAGAAGCAAGGGAUUUACUGCUGUGGGUUGCUGAGCACCAGGAAGAGUGACUGCACAGGCCUACCUCCGUCCAUGCUGAACAAUUCUGUUACUCCACAGUCCAGAGGACAAUACAGAAUAAGAAUGAAGGGAAAUAUGUCAUUGAUUUGCUGGUACAAUAAAGGGCACUUUCGUUUUCUGACCAACGCCUAUUCUCCAGUUCAACAAGGAGUUAUAAUUAAGAGAAAAAGCGGAGAAAUUCCAUGCCCACUGGCAGUUGAAGCCUUUGCUGCUCACCUUAGCUAUAUCUGCAAAUAUGAUGAUAAAUACAGCAAGUAUUUCAUUUCUCACAAACCAAACAAGACCUGGCAACAAGUGUUCUGGUUUGCCAUCAGCAUCGCUAUAAAUAAUGCCUACAUCCUCUACAAAAUGUCAGAGGCCUACCAUGUGACAAGGUACAGCCGCGCACAGUUUGGUGAAAGACUUGUUAAGGAGCUUCUGGGCUUGGAGGACACCUCACCCACCCACUGAUGCUUUGCUCUUGGUGGCGUAGGCAGGGGCUGGAGGGAAAGCAGAAGAUACCGCGCCUGGAGCAACAAAACAAAGAACUUGUGACACCACCAGUGCUGUCAUCCAAAAAUGCCAAGUGAUGCCACUAGAGAGGUGCAAACUUUGUUCCUAGUAUCAGCUGGAUGUAAACAUGUCGUGCAGAAAGUGCCACUGGAAAAGCCGACACAAAUUUGCAUAUGUGAAUGCCCUGUGGGAAUCUGUACACCCAAACCAGACUUAAAUUAGCCAUCAUCUCAAAUGCUAUUUGUUGAAAACAGGGUCAUCUUGUAAAGUUCCUCUUGGGCCAAGAGCUUGUCAGAAGCUGGCACAGCUCAGCAGUCCUAGGUGGGUAUUACAGGAAACUCUGCACCUUCCUUGGCGUUAAUAAAUUCCGGGACAAGCCCCGUGAGGCUGCACCGUGGGCCGUGGCUGAGCGCGGCUGCCAUCCCGCGAGGCAUCGCUGCUGUCCUCCGGUGGGACAGGCGGAGCAGCCCAGCACAGGAACACCGCAGCAGGCAUCUUGACAAACACCACCUUCACAGGCAGGCAGCCAGGAACUGAGGACCGGUUGUGAUUUUUUCUUUCUGUGGGUUUUUUUUCCCCUUUGUUUUUAUUAAGGUAACACAAGACAAUUUGAUCCCAGUUAGAACAAAGGAAAAUUAGGAUAAACCAAUUAUAUUAUUGAAUUUAAAAUGACAAAUACAUUACACUGCUUUUCUUUUUUAACCAAGAUGAAACAUUUUGUACACAAACAGUGAUUAGUACUGUAAGUAUUAACAGUGAGUAAACCAGUAAGUAAUACUGCCUCACAUCUUAACUGCCACGGUCAGUGUACAGGUGAGAAAUCAAAAUAUAUCAACUAUAUUUUUUUCUUGAUUUCAACUGUAUCUUAAAUGUCGCUUAAAAAGCUAAUGUAAUGGACUGUUAAAGUUUUAAGAACAAUAAUUUCUUGCUUUUUCUUUGGUAACUGGACUUUUCUGGUCCACUUUAGAAUUUUGUUUGGCACACGGUUGGCAGAAAAAAAAAGUCACUAAUAGCCAAGUGUUUCCCAUUAUCACUGUGGGGUGUUCUGCAGGAAUUCUUUUUGGUAGAGUUCAGGGCUUGUCACAGUAGUUGUAAUUAAGCAGAUUACAUGUUUAGCAAAAUAGCGUAGCAUUGUGUCUUAGAAAAGGAAGGAAGUCCAGUUGCAACCAACCUUAAACCUUGCUAAAACAGAGCAAGUCCAAAGAGUUCUUCUGUUCUGAGUGACACUGUAGAGGACAAGCAUCAUUGUGAGCUGGUGGCCAAGGCCAUGUUUUGGUGCUCAUGGAAUCUGAAAGCCACCGGAGUUUCAGAAAACAAUGCCACGAGAGAGAGGUAUGAUUGAAACAAGGGAAUCAAUACUGAGGGGAAGUACUACCCUGCCCUCGACGCUUUAUUGAUUUCAGUCCACAACUCAAUCAUCAAAAAACUCUGUAUUCUGAAGGUUAGCAGUGAUGGGCACAAACAGAAUUGCAUUAACUUGCAGGGCAGAAAACCAUGUUGAUUAGAGGACCUCAAGCCUGAGAAGUUUUACUCCCAAAGAAUGACUCGAGUUGAUUCAAGAGGAAUGGAGUGAAUGAUUGAUUUAUCAGUGUAAAUCUUACCAGCUUACAUGUAUGUUUCUGACAAGAGGCAAUAGAGGGUAACCAGUCUGGAAACUCCUCAGAUUUCAUCAUUCUGUGACAUGCAAAUGCAAAGCAUGUAAAUAGUAACAGAGGAAGAAUCCAGCAGGGAUUAGUAAUUUAAUGACUAGCCCAUGGAGUAUCCUUGUACUGAAUCCUUUCUGUUUCCACCAAAGUCUUACUGUUUGAAAUAGACCUAGAGGCAGAUCUCACCUGGUUACAAGGAGAGAAGGGGAUGGUGAACUCCAUGGUGGUUCUGCAUGUGCUACAGCCUGGAGCCUGUCCCACACAUCCUGCUCUGCCUGCCAGCUGCACACUGAACAGCAGUGGGAUUCCUAAGCAUCAUUUUCACUUCUCAGUCCACAAGAUCUCCACCCAGGAAACAUGGGAGGAAGGACAAAACUUUUGCACUGAGGCCUCCUAACCACAAGACAAAGGGUGGAUUUGUACCACUCUAGCCCUUGACAGUGCCAAGCUGCACAGAGAACCAAGGAUGAGUUCAAAAUUUCUUGGCCCUGCAGAGAACUGAGACCAUCCCUCUUCAGGCUGAGUGUGUUUGAUAGCUGGUUCUUGUCAGUCUUGUAAGUAUUCAAAGGGAGGCAGCAGCUAGCCUGAAACAUGAAAAAUAAAUGUUCAGCAAUAUAAACCUACAGCUUUCUUUUUUUCAGGAAAUUUCACAGAGUGUUCUUACUGCUCCCUGCUUCAGACAAUGCCAGCCUGUAUUGGAUGGGGAAGUGUAGCUACUAGCUAAUUAUAUCCCAUACAUUUAUACUGGGGCAGUAAGGAAAAGUUUGGCUGGAACUUGGCCGAUGAGAUGGCUUAAAUGAGCAGUAGCUGCUUCCUUACACUCCCAUGCCAUGCUGGGGUAUGUGCAGGAUACCCACGUCCCCAGCAGACAUGGGAUGGUUUCCAAGACCACCUUGGAGCCACUUGGCAUUUCUGAGGAGUAGGCAGACCACUCUCCAGCUGUGUUGUAGGCCCUUGGGAUAAAUCUGGAGCCCUUGGCCAAUUGUUACAUAACUAUGUAUGCUUAAAGGCCUGGAUCUAGGCCAUUCCAUACAGAAAAUGCCUUCCCUUUUUUAGGUGACAGUAGGCCUGAGGGCUUGGAAUAUUUAAUUUUCACCGAUGUAUGCAGUUAAUUACGCGCAUUACUUGAGCUCAAAUCACGAGAUCCUAGCUUUUUGCCUCAGGGACUGGGUCCUGAGUAGUUUUCCCUAGAAUUGGUGUUGAUGGGGGAUUACACAGUGGCUGACUAUUACAGGGAAGAUGAUUUAGUCUCCUUUGUAAAGGAGAAAAAUGAAGACAAAAUUAUAGCUUUGCAAAGAAUUUAAUUUUCUUAGCCUUAACCAUCCCUCAUCAUUUUGAACUGUUGUCCUUAUCAUGUACAAACAUUCCAUAAGUAAACAAAAAUAUUUAUAUAUAUUUGUAUGUACAAAAUGCCUGAAUUUUGGCUCUUGAAGCCAACAAGCAAAACCCACCAAAGUGUAGUCUAUAUCUACAUCUGGUAGAUGUGGUAUAGUCUAUAUCUAUAUCUACAGCUGACUCUCUCUUCCCCCUCAUCUUUUCCUUUUAUUGACUGGAAGUGUAGAGGGUUGGGGAAAGUUAAGAUUUCUCCUUGUUGAAAAAGCAUCUUGCACUUUUUCUGUUACCAUAACCAAGGCAAAGUAAUUAAGGAAGAUAUAGGAUAAUUUUUAAAAGGCUUAAGUUUGUCAUCUGCAGCUCAGCCUGUGUAGAAUUAUUUUCUUUACUGCAAACUGGCUUACUCAGAUUUGGUUCCCCACCUGCUUGUAACAUUAAAGCUUCUCCCUAAUUAAAGCGGGGGAAAAAGUCUCAAAGUAGUGCAAGGAUGCUCAUUAUAGUGUGUGUGUGUCUAAUUGUGCAAUAGCUUGUGAAAUGGUAGUUUGGGUUGUUUGUAGCCUUAAGACAAUCUGCAUAAGAGAUCUGAGAACUCAGUAGUAGGUAAAAUGCAGUCAAAAUGCCAAUCAGGUCACAGAGCAAUGUCUCUAAACUUUUUCAAGGAAAAAAAAAGAAGUUUGACAUUGAAGUGGUGAAGGGAGCACAGCACAGCUCCUUUCUCUCCUGAAUUGAAUUUUCACUGACAUGUACUUCUAAAAACUGAUAAUUACUUGUUCAUGGUAUGCAACCUUUGUUUCAAAGAACCAAGACCAUCAGUAAGACAUACUGACCACCUUCUAUGCACAGUAUUUUCAGGAAAUGUCUGUUGUGCCACGAUCCAUUCUUGGAAAAUAUUUCUUUUCCCAGUGUGUAAUACCACACUUGCCAGAGCUUCGAAGCUACUGGGAAGUGGUUUCCACUGUUGUCUCAGUUGAAAAAUGCUUCAAGGGCUUGCAGGAAUUCUGCCACUUUUUACUUCAGCCCACCUGUACACUUGACAAUAAAUUUAAUAAAUUUAAAGAAAUCUCAUCUUCAUUUUAUGUUUUCUAUUCUCUAUCCCCAACGCUUCUAUAUACAAGUAGUCUAGGAAUCAUAAUUUACAGAAGUACAACUUUGUUUUCUUCAUGUAAUUCCUAGAGAAAAUUGAAUUUAGCAACUCAAAAACAGCAUUCCUGUUCUUUACCUCCAGCUAUAUUUCUGUGGCCUUUUUUUUUUGUCUGAAGAUGUUAUUUUCUCUCUAACAGUUAUUUAGAAGUCUGUCUUGAGCUGGUGAGUAGUGAAAGAAGCCUUCAGUAUCUCAUUCUUCCACGCCUUAGUCCCCUUGUGCUACAGCUGAUUCCACUGACGAGGGGGGAAUUAUGCUGCUCUGAUAAUUCUGUGUAUCUCUGGUACUUUCCAAGCAAGGAUUGCAAAGUGCUGUAACAACCUCCGCACUCGUGAGACAUCAUUAGCUUAUCAAAGCUUCUCCUUUCCUACCAGACACCAAGGCACAGCACACACAGAUAAGGGAGGUGACGAAACUGUAAAGUGGAGUUUGCAUUCCUGCUGAUUAAGGCCAUGUUCUGUGUUUUCAGUGACUUGGUUCUUGUUCAAAAGCGCUUUUCCAAACUAGAAAUGAAAGUAUGCCAAAUAUCGUUUCCCCCUAAGUAAGGGCUGUGGGACUUAGCACAGGUUCCGUCAUACAGGCUGGCAUGAGUCAAAACCAAAUUGCACUAAAGGUAAGAGAAAAUUUGAUAAAACAUAGGAGUCCAAGAAGCCUAGAAGAACUUAGAAGACAUAAAUGGAAAAUCUGAAGCUCUGUAAUAGUCCGGUAUACAGUGUGAAAUUCAGACAAAUAAUUACUGAGUUGAGAAAAGUCACUGAGGCUUAGAUGGAAUAUUAAGUCUUCCAUCCUUUGUUAUGGAGUUUGCCAUGGCACUUUCUUCAUGCUUGGAUUGAUACAAGAUUGGUUGUUUGUAAGAUGAGCUCAUCUCAGUCUGGCUGAGAAAAACAUUCAAGUGUCAAAGGCCUGUUCACAGUUUCACAAGGGCAAGGAACUCCAAGCUCAAAAGAGGUAUAUGUUUGGGCUGCUGUUAACUAGGAUACUUGCACCAGCACAUCAUCUACUCAAAAGCAAGCCUGUCAUCAGUGCUGCUUGAUAUAUAUUCAUUCUUGUCACAAUUCUUCCUAAACUUACCUUUGUUUCCAAAAGCAUCACUGGAAGCACUUCUGUAUCAUCACCUCACUGUUGGGAACAACUCCACUUUGUAAAAAGGAUCUCUUCCUCUUCUUUUGAGUGACAGCUUUGUCUCUGGAAAUCUAGCCCGGGAGAAGCGUCCUGCCCCACGCUUUCCUUGCUUCCCUCAUUCCUUGCAUUUAGAACACAUCCAAAGCAUCCUGCAGGUUCUUGGUCAGUCUGGAAGAGUUGACAAGAGUUGGCCCUUCAGUUUAGUUUUGUAGCAUUGCUUUGCUGGUCCUUUCUGCUAUUUGGCAGGUCUCAGAUGAAACAGGGUAUUGUUUCUGCAGGCUGUUCUGAUUGUAAUCACUGUGAAGGUGUUGACUGCUUUGCCCCAUUAGUGCUGCCCAGCAGGUUUGGAUGGACCCCAAAGAUGUUUCAGCAGCACCACACCCACUGCUCCAACUGGAAUGGCAGUAGUAUUCCUCAACUCUGCAUUGUUGUCAUGAACAGACCUUUGACAGGGUCUGGGGAUAUUCUUUGUAUUUUGCUUUGGUUUUUGAAGCCCUUUCACUCUGAUGGGUUAGGUAUCACGAAAAGGCCUUAAGUGGUAAAUCCCUUUUGUAUCACUCUUUUGAAGUAAUAAUUGCUUGUAUUGGAUGUCAAGGUGGUCCAUGUGAUGUGUAGUGUGAAAACCUUACCCACGAAAGCAUCAUUUGCUGUACCUGAACAACCUUGGUUGCCCGGAGGCCGUGGGUGAGGAGAGGGCUGUCACGCUGUGCUGUGGGACCACGAUGUGGAGGACCUGACUGGGGAAAAAAGCUGGGGAGACACAAGAUCACAAUUUUCAAUCCAAGGUCCUUGGACAAACAGACUUCAUAGUCAAGCUGGUCUCAAAAGUUUUUCUAGGAAAGGAAAAAUGCCAGGCCUGUGUAGUUUGCUCCCAGCCCUGGCAACUCUGUUUCUAAAAUAAACACUCCUGCAAAUGCUUUCACACUUCAAGUGUUUACAGUGUGCUCUGGCCUUCAGAGCACUUCGACCUAUUUCCACUAGUUCCCCCCCAAAAGCCUAGAAAUUGAAAAGCAAAGCACAGUGCACUAGGUUCAGCUGUGCAGAACUCGGACCCACUUGUGUCAAAGUAACUUUGUGAUCUUGUUCUCAAAUAAUAUGUGUCAAGGCAUUUGCAAAACGUGACCGCUGAACAAUUUGCAUGUCUCUAUGAAACAUAGCUGCUCAUUUGAUGGAAAACAGUUUGCAGGUCUCUCAGAGUUAUUUUGCAACCUGGAUUUUUCUUCUAGAUAUGAACCAAUUAUUUGCCUGGCAUUUCAGUACUGAAAUAAAAAAAUAGCUUGAUCCCAUGGUCUGGGGUUGAUAUCAGAGAUAACAAAACUCAGGUUUUAUGCCAGCAGUUAAUCUGAUCCUGUAAAGGUGAGGCUAAUCAGCAUGGUCUGACACAAGGAGGAGUUCAAGGACAAGUGGGUUUGAGAAGGCAGAGGAAGGUUCAGAGGAUGAGUACAUGGAGGGAGAGGAGCCAGGUGAUCCCUUCUAACUCCCAUCAUUCCAGCAUGUAUUUCCCCCUCUCCUGCUGCCUUUGAAUUAAAAGAAAAGGCUGAUGUUUAACAUAACCAGUCUGCACAGCUGAUUUAGUAACACAAACCCUGCUUUAGCUACAUCCCUGGCCUCACUCCAUGCCCUUCCUUAGACUAUAUAUGUUCAGUAGUCAUCAGCCUUGGAGUCACAGCACUGCUGCAUGUCAGCACAGCAUGGAAGCUACAGACUGUGGAAGCACCACAGUAGAAACAGGAACAAUGGGGAUUCCAGAGAAGGAGUCUCCCCCUUGACAUUUUGUUUUAAUUUAUUUUUCAAUGUGUGCAACUUACAUUCCAUCAAAUGCAGUGACAGUUCCAAAUGCGAAGCUGGGCCUUAGCUGGCUGAGUGCUUUCAAGACCACUGGGCUGUGCUCACACCAUCAGCAACUGCGGUUCUGUUGCAAAGUUCCAUAUUCUUUAUAAUUCUAAAGAUUUCUGUUGAAAGCAUAAAUUACAGAGGUAAGGUAUACACUGCAAAUUACUUUUAUUUUUCCGUUUUCUUUUUAAAUAUCUUCUCAGAACAAUUUUAUAACAGUCAAGUCUUUCAGGAAAUGCAGGUGUGUGACCUCUUCACAGUAAGAGACACACAACUGUGUUUCUGCAUGGGACAGGGAACUACUUUUGUGACACCAGUUUUGUUCUACACAAAGGCACGCUUGCAAUAAAUUUUUACAAGUUUUGUACACCAUAAGCUGAAUUCUGAGUUCCAAAAAUGUGAAGUGUGGCAACAAUAACAAAAUGGAUUUAUAGUAUCACUCUGAUAUCUUGUCAUGUGAUUUAUUUCUUCAACAAAGUUUGUUUACAAUCAACAACUUUGAAAUACAGUCAGAUAUAUUACCCGUU